UAAUUUAAGGAUAUCAACGAUCAACGUUGAUCAUUAAAGGGAGAGAAAGGUACGAGUACACACGUGGUAAAAUAUAGAAUCCUUUUUGUAAUUAGAACAAAAAAAAAUGUCUGAGAAAUUCCUGAUGCAAAAAAUUAAGAAAAGGGAAAGGACAAAAGUAACGAAGCUAAAACAACGGGAAGAACAAAAAGAUGUAAUUGGAGAGAAUAAAACUGAAAAUCAAAAAGACAUGGAAGAAAAAAUUCCUCCCGAAAAAAAAAGAAAGUUAUCUCAACAGUCGGAGGAUCCUACUGAACUGACUGAGAAUUUACCAGGUACAGCUGUAGGUUUCGAAAUAUCAAAUGAUACAAGUUUCUCUGUUUUGAAAGAAAAAGUAUGUGAGAAUACUUUGAAAGGGAUAGAAGACAUGGGCUUUACAAAAAUGACAGAGAUACAAGCAAAAGCUAUUCCACCUCUUCUAGAAGGGAGAGAUUUAGUUGGUGCUGCUAAAACUGGAUCUGGCAAGACUCUGGCAUUUUUAAUUCCUGCAGUUGAACUGAUUUAUAAGUUGAAGUUUAUGCCUCGUAAUGGUACUGGAUGCAUUAUUAUGUCUCCUACUAGAGAAUUGUCUAUGCAAACUUUCGGUGUCUUGAAAGAGUUAAUGAAAUAUCAUCAUCACACAUAUGGUUUGUUGAUGGGUGGUGCCAAUAGACAAACCGAAGCACAGAAGCUUGAAAAGGGAAUCAAUAUUAUCGUGGCGACACCAGGACGAUUGUUAGAUCAUUUGCAAAACACACCUGGUUUCCUGUACAAGAAUCUUCAGUGUCUGGUGAUUGACGAAGCUGAUCGUAUUUUAGAUAUUGGAUAUGAAGAAGAGUUGAAACAAAUUAUUAACAUUCUUCCUAAGCGUCGGUUGACAAUGCUCUUUAGUGCAACACAAACGCCAAAAGUAACAACAAUAACAACGUUAGCUCUCAAGAAGGAACCUAUAUAUGUUGGAGUGGAUGACAAUAAGGAAAUGGCAACCGUGGACGGUUUACAGCAGGGCUAUGUAGCAUGUCCGAGCGAAAAGCGAUUUUUACUUCUUUUCACAUUUCUAAAGAAAAAUAAGAAGAAGAAAAUAAUGGUUUUCUUUAGUUCGUGCAUGUCUGUCAAAUAUCAUCACGAACUCCUAAAUUAUAUCGACUUACCCGUAAUGAGUAUACAUGGUAAGCAAAAGCAAACGAAAAGAACUACCACUUUUUAUCAAUUUUGCAACGCUUCUACCGGAAUUUUACUUUGUACCGAUGUGGCUGCGAGAGGUUUAGAUAUACCCGACGUCGACUGGAUUGUGCAGUAUGAUCCACCAGACGAUCCUAAGGAAUAUAUUCAUCGCGUAGGUCGAACUGCUCGCGGAGAAGGUAGUAGCGGUCAUGCUUUGUUGAUACUGCGACCAGAAGAGCUUGGUUUUCUUCGUUAUCUCAAAGAAGCUCGCGUACCCGUUAAUGAGUACGAGUUUUCUUGGAAUAAAAUUGCCGAUAUUCAAUUACAGCUUGAGAAACUAAUUUCCAAAAAUUAUUUUCUACAUCAGUCAGCAAAGGAGGCAUUCAAAAACUACGUAAGAGCAUAUGACUCUCAUCAUCUGAAACAAGUUUUUGACAUAGAAACUUUAGAUCUAGCCAAAGUUGCUAAAUCAUUUGGAUUUACUGUACCGCCGGCGGUAGACUUGAAAAUCGGGUACAGUAAGGCUUCCCGACCAAGAAAACGGCUCGGUGGAGGUGGUUUUGGAAGUUACAAAAAUAUCAACAAUCAAAAUCAUCGAUGGCCACGACAUAGAUCAAGAAAUGAAAACUAACGAUUAAAAUAAAUGAUUUAUUAUGUACAUUUAUAAUAAAUAUAUAUAUUUAUGUAAUAAAUGAUUUAUUAUGUACACAG